AUGUCGGGGGUAGGAAAGUCUUCGUCAAACAAGGCCUCCUCGGCCCUGCGCUCAUCCAAAGCCCGUUCAAGGGACAAGGCGCUCACUUCCGGCCGGCCACCUCUCCUCUCCUCGAGCAAGUCCAAGCCAGCAUCUGCACUCAAUCCUCAGCGGUCGUCUCUGUCGUCCAAGCGCACGCGCACGCUGAUCCGCGCACACCAUGUCCUGCAGAAACGGCUGGCGAGAGCUCGGGCCGAGAACGACAUGGAGCAGAUCCAGGACCUCGAGGCGCAGCUGGCCGCGUCCGGCGGCUUGGAGACGUACCAGCUCGCCAGCACGGUCGGGCAGAGCGCCGAGCGGGGCGGCGACUCGAGCCGGGUCCUGGUCGACUGGCUGCGGCCGGAGAUUGAAGCGCGCAGACGCGGGCGGAAGAAGGACAGCACGCUUGCUGCGUCCAGUCCACCAUCGUCGCUCGCCCACGGAGCCAGCCCACCCCUCACCCCGCCCCCGCUCCCGCUCCGGAUUCUGGAGAUCGGGGCGCUCAGCACGACGAAUGCGCUGAACAUGCCGCGCCUGACGAGCGUGCGGCGGAUCGAUUUGCGCUCGUCGGGCCCGGGCAUCGAGGAGGCCGAUUUCAUGACCUUCCCACUGCCGGACUCUCCCGACGGCAGCGGCGAGUGGGAGGGCCGCCGGGGUUACGAUGUGAUCAGUCUAAGUCUGGUCUUGAAUUACGUCCCUGACGCGCGCGGAAGAGGCGACAUGCUGCGGCGGACGACCAUGUUCUUCUCGCGGGGGCACGAGCACGAGCAGGUCGACGAGGACUUUGGUGAGCAUGUUGUCAUGCAUACGGAGCCCCGCAGUGAUGGGCAGCAAGACAACGGCACCGAUGAAGACGAGGACGAGGACGAGGGCGAGCAGGCUACCCAGAGGCACCCUAGGAAAAGGGGGGAUGACCAGCGUCAAAGUCGACGGCUGCUCCCCUGUCUCUUCCUGGUCCUGCCCGCGCCGACGCUCCUGAAUUCCCGCUACAUCACUCCCGACCAUCUCGCAGACAUGCUCUCGUCGCUAGGUUACAGCGACCUCGAAGCCAAGACCACCCGCAAGCUCCACUACAGCCUGUGGCGGUUUGAUCCCAAGCGCAGGGACGAGUGGAUUGCGCAGGGAGGCAAGACCGUCUUCAAGAAAAAGGAACUCAACCCCGGAAGUGGGCGGAAUAACUUCUGUAUAGUGCUCGAUGACCCUGACAAAGGAUAG